AUGAAUUUAAUAGAGGAUGGUUAUACAAUUCAAUUAGAGGCCGAACAUGGGAAGAUAUCCAAAAAUCAAGAUAUUAAUGUGCAAACUCCAAUUUCCUUCGAAGAUUUAAGCAAAAUUAUGCAACGUGGAGAUAUUGUUUCUGCAACUGGUUACCCAAUUCGCAAAGACAAUGGUUCAGCUACUCUCCAAUUGACAUGCUUACCACAUAUAUUGACUCCAAGUCUGGCACCGGUGCCCAGAAAAUUAGAGGAUCCAGAAACCCGUAUUCGAAAUCGACAUCUUGACCUUCUUGUCAACAACGAUGUCGCCGCUACUCUGCGGCUUCGUUCAAAAAUCACACAGCAUAUCCGUGAUUUCCUCGUCCAAGACAAUUUCCUCGAAUUUCAGACCCCGAUCCUUGCCGAUAAGGCUUCAGGUGCCAUGGCCCAACCGUUCAAAACAAACGCAACAGAGUUCCCCGAAAAGGAGUUAGCUCUCAGAAUAGCUCCUGAAUUAUGGUUAAAACGUCUGGUCAUCGGUGGUUUAGAUCGAGUCUUCGAAAUUGGCCCUGCGUUCAGAAAUGAAGGUCUUGAUGCUACACAUAAUCCGGAAUUCACAACCUGUGAAUUUUAUAAAGCGUAUGCCGACAUUGAGGAUCUUAUUUCCAUGACCGAGAACUUGAUUUCGGGUCUUGUAUAUCUCGUCAAUGGAUUGCGUGUCGAUCCUCAACAUGUAAAAUACAUGCCUUUUACGGAACUUCCACGCUUCGAAGAGGAUUUAUACACAAAGCCCUUUAAAAGAAUUGAAUUUAUACCCGCAAUCGAAUCUGCAAUCGAAGAAAAGCUACCUGAUCUCCAAAAAGAUGACGCUGGAGAAGACUUGCUCCAACUUUUCAGAAAAUAUGACCUCGAAGUUCCCGAAAACCCAACUCUCCCCCGCCUCCUAGAUAAGCUCGCAUCCAUCUACAUCGAGCCCCUCUGUUCCGAUCCCACGUUUAUUAUGCACCAGCCCUCCUGCAUGGCGCCCCUCUCAAAAUCGUUCCUCGAUCCUACUACCAAGCAACUCGUAUCCGCACGGGUGGAACUCUUCAUACAGCACCAAGAAAUAGCAAAUAUGUAUGAAGAAGAGAAUUCGCCAUUUGAACAGCGGUACAAAUUUGGUGAACAGUUGAAAUUUAAGGAUAUAGAGAACCCCAUGGAUAAAGUGGAUGAGGGAUAUAUUCAAGCGUUGGAGGUGGGAUUACCCCCUACUGGCGGAUGGGGAUGUGGAGUUGACAGGUUGGUCAUGUGGUUGAGUGGUGCGAAGAGGAUUAGUGAUGUGUUGCCAUUCGGAAGUUUGAGGAAUGUGGUUAAUUUAGGAGCGGCGGUUAAGAGGGAAAUGGGCGAAGGGGAGAAAGAAUGA